AUGAGUCUGUUUCUAAAAUGUAUACUUUUCGGGAUCCCGAUCCCUUACAGAAUUUAUAGUGUUACCGCUGAAACGUUUAAUAAUGACCCUUUCGCAAGAUCAAUGAGACUGAAUAGGCAUUACUGUGGCGAAUUUUCCAUGGCUUCAGUUCAGUCAAAUAAGGAUAUGGAAGAUCACAGCCAUGUUGAUGUUGGCCUUGAUGCACUCUUUGUUGGAAUUUAUGAUGGCUUUAAAGGCGACACCGCAGCCAUCUAUAUCCGUAGACACAUCUUUAAAGCUCUAUUGAGACGUAUUACAGAGAAUAAUAACAAUAUGACUGUGACUAUUUUGAGGGAAGUUGUUGAGGAAAUCGAAAGCGGGUUUAUUGAGUUUGCUAGAACUAGUUUUGAGCAACAACAUCAGGAACAGAUAGGUUUAGUUAGUUCAGGUUGUUUGAUUUGUAUUAUAUGGAGAGGGACACUAUAUGUUGCCAAUGUUGGAGACUCACGCGCUGUACUUGGUUCUCGGAUGGGUGUCGGUCCUUUUAAAAGAUUGUGUGUGAAGCAAAUGGUCAGAGUUCACAAUUGUGAAAAUUCGGAUAUUAAAAAAGAACUCCGUAAAUGGCAUCCAGAUGAUAAUCUUAUUUACGAACUAAAUGAAUUACGCGAUGAGCCGCAUUCUCAUAUUUGCAAAGGUCAACUAUGGACUAUGAAAGGCUUAAUCCAGACAAGCAGAUGUAUAGGAUAUGCAUACAUGAAGAAGGUUCCGUUUACUCAGAGGAGAACGUUCAAAAUCCCAAUUGGAGAACGAGUUGUUUCCGCUUUUACAAGACCUUUGCUAACAUCAGAACCAGAAGUUUAUUCAAGAGUCUUAAAAGACACUGAUAGUUUCGUUAUAUUUGGAUCUAGCGGAUUUUGGAAAUUAAUGUCAAAUGAGCUUGCUGCUAGAAUUGUUAACACCACUCCACGAGAUAAUAUCGCAAAAAUACUUGCCAUGGUUGCUAUAGAGAAGGGGGCUAAUAAAAGAGGGAAAAAAUACAGGGACCUUAUAGAGAUUCCAAAUGGAAAUGGUGUUAGUGGGGAUUUUGGUUAUGUACAUGACAGAAUUAGACCGUUUUAUCAUGAUGAUAUCACUGUGAUUGUGGUAUUUUUCAACAAAAGGCCGAAUAGUGUAAAGCCAGAGAUCAAGUCUUAUACUUGCAAUGAUUACGCAGAUCAACCAUCAGAAUUUACACAUUUCUAUAACAAUACGAAUGUGUGA